AUGAAUGUCAGAAAAGCCAUCGUGGAGUCACAGGCGGGACGGCCGGCACGGUUCUUGCAAGUAGCAUUUAAUCAGGAUGAUUCUUGCUUUAGUGGGGCCACAGAGGAUGGAUUCAUGAUCUACAACACUGAUCCGCUGGCUUGCAAGCUUACGAAAAGGUUUCAAGAGGCUGACGAGAAUGGUUUAAGUGGUGCUGGUGGUGGGAUUGGCUACACGAGGAUGCUUUACCGGACAAAUUAUACUGCACUCGUUGGUGGUGGUAAGAGACCUCGAUACCCAUUGAAUAAGCUAGUAAUAUGGGAUGACUUACAACAGCGAGAAAGUGUUAUUUUGAAAUUUAUGUCUCCAAUCAGGCAAGUUUUUUUGUCAAGAAUACAUAUCGUUGUUGUGUUAGAAUCUGCAGUUGAAGUUUUCCAGUUCAACACUACGCCCAAGAGGAUAUGCCCAUCGCUGGAGAUCUCGCCUUAUGGGAUUGUUGACUUCGUGGUGACACAAACACGUUACAGACGGGAAUCGCAGGAUUCGAUGGUAAAUGGAGCCUCAGAUGCGGGUUCUAGCGGUGUAAAUGGGAUUUUAGCGUUCCCGUCUGCGAGAAGUGUAGGUCAAGUGCAUAUUGCUGACUUGGCAAGGUUGAAACGUAACAAUCAGAACCCAGAGGGCACACAGCUGCUACCAACUUCGAUUAUCAAGGCACAUAAGUCGCCAAUUCGGUUCUUGCGGCUGAAUCAUCAGGGAACUAUGGUAGCAACCUGUUCCGAACAAGGAACACUGAUCCGGGUCUUUAGCGUCCAUAACGGCUCAUUGAUCAAGGAGUUUAGACGAGGUUCGGAUAGAGCCGAUAUCUAUGAAAUGUCUUUCAGCCCAAAAGGUACCAAGCUGGCAGUGGUAUCCGAUAAACAAACUUUGCAUAUCUUCCAAAUCUCCACCACGAAGGAGGCUAAUGAAGAGACAACUAAAAACAAGACUCACGCAUUGAAGAAUUUGGUUCCUUCGGGAUGGAAACCAAAAUAUUUGGACUCCAUAUGGUCGAUGUGUAGCGUGCAUUUGAAGAACCCAAUGCUCAGAGAUGGUGAUAGUGAUGCCCGACUGCGGCGGGACAGGUGCAAGAUCGGUUGGUGCAAAUACACCGGGAACGAUAACAGUAAUGCUUACGAUGAGGAAGAUAGCAUAGUGCUUGUAUGGAGGAUUAGUGGGAUUUGGGAAAAAUACGUGAUGUUGGAGAAAGAGUCCAAACAGGUUUACACAGCUCAGGAGACUUUAAGACAAGAUUCAAAUGGAUCAACCGCUUGGGAAAUGGUCCGCGAGUCCUGGAGAGAGUUGUAA